CAAACGUCAGAAAGCAGCGGCAGCCUAUAAAGCUCGUAUGAAGCCAUAUCAGCAGCUCGAAGUCGCAUAUACCUCGUUAACGUGACAGCCUGCGGUCAGCCUGCACGGAGAAUAAAACUUGAUGCUCCGAAAUAAACGACGCGAGACAAACCGCUCUAGGAGGACCAGGAGGACUGAUGGACUGAACAGAAGAAUACAGAAAGAAAGUCUUAAUAGAAAUUUGAAUCGGAUGAAUAAAUAAUGGGCGAACUUAAAUUCGGCUUUGCACAAAGAGGAGUUAGUCCACAAGUUAGUUUUUAAGCUGGAAAAGAAAAGAAGCUGAUUUAAAAGGUAGAGGCAGUUCUCUCUGUGAGCCGUCACAUUUCAGCUCCAAGAGCGAAACAAAUGCGGACAGAAAGAUGCAUCUGGGCAAAGCUCUACUGUUCGUUCUCCUCCUCAACUGCGCGACUCCGAGCUCGCCCCUGUCCACUUGUGCCACCGUGGACAUCGACCAUGUGAAGAGGAAGCGGGUCGAGGCGAUCCGGGGUCAGAUCCUCAGCAAACUUCGGCUGUCGAGCCCUCCGCACUCCCUGGGACCGAGCAAGGUACCCUAUCAGAUCCAGGCGUUAUAUAACAGCACGAAGGAGCUUCUGGAGCAGCUGGGCAGGGAUCGGAAGCAGAGCUGCGGCCAGGACAACACAGAGACGGAGUACAUCGCCAAAGAGAUAUACAAAAUCAACAUGGUGUACGGAACGCCAGACAACAAUAAUCUCCCCUGCCCUAAAAGCCUGACUUCUAAAGUUUUCCGCUUCAAUGUCUCUGAAAUGGAAAGGAACUCAACCAACCUGUUCAGAGCAGAGUUUCGAGCCCUGAGGGUGCCAAACCCCAAAGCCAUGAGGAGUGAGCAGCGGAUUGAACUCUACCAGAUUAUGAGACUAAACGAGCACAUUAGGAAGCAGCGUUUCAUUGCCGCUAAAAAUGUGCAGACCAGAGGCUCUCCUGAGUGGGUCACCUUCGAUGUGACAGAAACUGUACGAGAGUGGCUGAUAAACAAAGGAUCUAAUCUAGGUUUGGAAAUCAGUGUGCAUUGUCCCUGCCAUACCUUCAAUUCAAACGGUGACAUCAUCGACAAUGAAAAGGAAGUUCUGGAGGUGAAGUUUAGAGGUGUUGAUGGAGAUGAGGAGCAGAGUCGCUUGGAUCUGGACAACCUGAAAAAAAGUAAGCAGCAACACCCUCCUCACCUCAUCCUCAUGAUGAUCCCACCCCACCGCAUGGACACCCACUCCUCUCGCCGACGCAAAAGAGCGCUGGACACAAACUACUGCUUCUCAAACACAGAGGAGAGCUGCUGCGUUCGCCGGCUCCACAUAGAUUUCCGCCGUGAUCUGGACUGGAAGUGGAUCCAUGAGCCCAGCGGCUACGAUGCCAACUACUGCUCCGGGCCCUGCCCUUACCUGAGGAGCUCCGACACAACACAUAGCUCGCUGCUGAGCCUGUACAACACUCUGAAUCCAGAGGCCUCCGCCGCCCCCUGUUGCGUUCCUCAGGACCUGGAGCCCCUCACUAUACUCUACUACUCUGGACGGACCCCUAAGGUGGAGCAGCUCUCCAACAUGAUUGUCAAGUCUUGCAAAUGUAGCUGAGAGGACACGAAAGACUGAUUGAGGAGAAGGGAUUUCAUUAGGUACAGAAGAAGAAAACCUCGUAGACUGAGCUGUGAUGAAUACUUAAACUGAUCCCGUGGCUUUUCUCUGUUCUGAACAAAAACUAUUUUUCUUCUUGUUCCUUGUUAAUUUUGCUGUUACAGAGACUCUUCCGAAAGGCAAGUUAUUUUUAAAACCUGACCCGAAUUUAACCCCAGAUGAAUAAAAUUUAUUUUAUGGUCUAUUUUCAACUUCAAAAGUCAGAUAGUCCGCGGAGUUACAAUCUCUACAUUGUCAGCAGUGCAGCUUUAUAUUUCUGUCCUAAAUUUUAAAUCUGCUCCCCUGAGUGGUCGGAUUUCUUUCUGGCUGGGAAUUUUGUUUAAACUUUCCUUAAGUUCCCUUCUCUGUAGACAGUGGGCAUUAUCUUCAAACACAAAAGGAGAAAGGACAGACUCACUGCUGUAUCCAAAGCCAUAGCUGUGGUCUGGGGAAAGGAGAGCUGAGUGAGAAUGCCUGUUGCAUUUGCAAUGGAAAGGCAAUGAACAAAGAAAUUGAGCCAAGGUUUUCUCUUUUGGCCAGCCAGCAGCGGUGGCCCUUUUAUUUUCUGUGCAUCUAUUAGAGCGGAUGGACAGGAAAGAAGAAAAGGGGACCUGAAUUGCAGGGAAGGAUUGUGUUGGAAACUAGCCACGGGUGCGCUGCCAUUCACUGGAUGUUUUCAUUCCUAACAGGUUCAAAUUAUUAUUAUUUUUUUUCUCCUCGAACAUCAAAGAAUUUACUGGAAGAGAGCAAGUGUUAUGCAAUGAGCUUUUAUGAGAUUUCUUUUACAUUAAUAGCAGAUUUUGUCUGUUAUGUAACUUGUCAUAUAGUGAUUGUUUCACUAACAGAAGGGAACUGACGCGUGUCGUCAUUAUCCACAAUGAAAGCCAUUUUAUUCUGUACUAUACCUAGGAUACUGUUACAUUGUAAUUUAGAAAUAAUGUCCAACUUUUGUAUCUGUAUGUAUUAGACUAGCUUAACCUGAUGUUUGUGCCCCAGUGUGUGUCUGGCUGAUGUUGUUUAAAGGUGGGAGUUCACAGAGUCAAAUCCUGGCACUUUCGUUGCGGCAACACAAGAAAGUGUAAGUAUGCAGCUCAGAAAGUGCGAGGUGUAAAAAUAAAAACAGAGGCCACAAAAAUUUGUCCUCAGUUUAACUUUUUCUCCGGGAUGAUUGACAAUGUUAUCGGCAUUCAUAUGAGGCAGAUGUCGUGUUCAGCUUUCGAAACAGGAAAUCAGAAACAAAAUGACACAACAGAAGCAAAACCAGGGUUUAAAGCAUUUCUACGAACCACAACAUCCAACUACAAUACUUAAUAAAGAUAAUUCAGAAGCAUGAACACAUGUCUAGAGAUGCCCAAGAGUUUUUGGGACCAAUUUCUGAGAUCUCAAAACUAGGACUGACAAACUUUAAAAGAUCUCUGAAAGAAUUUACAAUUUUUCUGUUCCUACAAUAAAAUGUUUACAGUAAAAUUAAAAAAGAGCUGUCUGUCCCUGUAUUUCCGAAACUCUACUAAUACUGUUGACCCUUCCCAUUUGUAAAGGUGUCUAUCAAAAGAUGCAUCAUCUGUCAAGCUGAAAUUAUUGAUUCCUAAAUUUUUUUGUCUACUUGAAAACCUAAAUGUGCAGUAAAUUAUAAGAAAUUUAUUUUUAAUUUACUUCGUAGUGGGGAAAAAUACUGUGUCAAUCUUAAUAAUUGAGAGGAAAAUCCUUUUAUUGUAGUCAUUCAUCAGUUUAUUGUAGCUCCACAGAAAAGUUUGUUUUGCGAUCAUUAAUUAUUCACAAUAGGAACAGAGAUGACACACUGUGUGUGACAGAGAGCAGUAACUGCUUCACAGCUCAUCUGUUAAACGGUGUUACUGUUACUUUAAAUCAAGCACAAAAUAUUUAGAGAAAUUGCAUUUUUUAGCAUCUUAUGUUAGUAAUUACCACAGUUAACAUUGGUAGAUGUAUUUAUUGUAAGUAUUUCCUAUAGGGAUAGUAGAACGUUGACUUUAACUCUAGAUUCUCAAAAGAUUGCAGCCUACAAUAGAUGCGUGUAGAAAAAAAAAUUUUUUAGGAAUAUCCAGAUGCUUUGUGCUAAACCAAUGUCCAAACUCCAGUUUAUUUAUAAAGCACGUUUAAAACAGAAUAGACAGUUUGCACAAAGUGCUAUACAUACAAAGGUAAGGUAGAUAAAACAUCAUUUUGGAAGACCUCAAUAUAACUGAAAUUAGCUUUUACUUGUGUCAUUAUUAUUGCGACCUGUUAAUGUUUAGGUAUGGUGCAUUCACUGACAAGAAAACACAUUUUAAUUUCCAAACGUUUUUCUGGUUACUUUGUAGAUGGUCUAAGCAAUUGUUAAACAGUUAUAAUGUUUUUUGAAACAUUGUUUACUUUUCUCACUUUACAGGAAGGUGAAAUUUAGGAUUCAACAAUGGUUUAACAGUUUAAGUUCAAUAACCUUUCCAACUGUAUGUCCUUUAACUAGAUUUCCGUUCACAAACAAAAGAAGCACAGUUCACAUCAACAUGUGCCAUUCAAAUGGUUACAAAAGCUAAUUUCUACUUUUAUUUCUGCAGCUGGACGAUUGCUGAGCUAGUGUGUGAUUUGAAACCUUACUGCUUUCAGUUUGCUUUUUUUCUUUUCUUCUUUUCUGCUGAUCUAUUAAAAAAAAAACCUCACCUGUCACAUUUCACACCAGUCUCAGGACAAUGAGGACUGUUAUGAAAACAUUGCCGUUUCUGUUUGUUUUAGAGCAGAGUGAAGCCUUAGUGGAAGAAUAUGGCACAGAAAGGAAAAAAAUCUUAAUCUGAUCGCAGCAAUACAUAAAGUUCAUUUUCCUCUCA